UCAUCACCUAAAGGAAGACAGUAUAUUUAUAAGGAGCAUUCAUGAAUAAGUCUACCUCUGUAUAUAAAUACAGUCUAUAACAAGGAACAGCGGAAUAUUUUUCUUUCUGUGGAAUGUAUGGAAGAAACAUUGCAUUAAAUUGUUAUCUGAAUGAAGUGACAAAAGUGAACAGAAAUGUAUUCAUGGAAAUGAAAAACACUUUAUCAUUGUGAAGUGUAUGAUAAGUAAUUCACUCAUGAUGAAUAAUUUAAGUGAAUCAGAAAAUCUUGAUAAAGAAGAAAAGCCAUAUCACUGUAAUAUCUGCGGAAAAUCAUUUUCUUACAGUGGUGACAUUGUUAGACACAAACCAAUUCAUACAGGAGAGAAACCAUAUAACUGUGAUAUCUGUGGUAAAUUAUUCUAUCAAAGUGGUAACUUAGCUAUACAUAAACGUAUUCAUACAACGGAGAAACCAUAUACCUGUGAUAUCUGUGGUAAAUCAUUCUAUCAAAUUGGUAACAUAACUAACCACAAACGUGUUCAUACAGGAGAGAAACCAUUUCAUUGUGAUAUCUGUGGGAAAUCAUUAUCUAGGGGCAGUAGCUUAUCGAAACAAACGUAUUCAUACAGGGGAAAAACCAUAUCAAUGUGAUGUCUGUGGUAAAUCAUUCUCUCAAAGCAGCAGCUUAACCAAUCACAUACGUAUCCAUACAGGAGAGAGUCCGUAUUCUUGUGAUAUC